CCUGCCCCUCCAUCCCCGCCACCAUUACCUCCCCUCGCCGUCCCCCUUUUAUCUACCCGCCCUCCUCGUCCUCCUCCUGGGCGUUCUCCUCGUCACCGUGGCUCCUCCGCUUCGCCUCUCCUCCCCCGCCUUUAGACUGUCCUCCGUCCUGAGCCAUAUCCGUGGCUCCAGACUGCCUGCCACCUCCCAUCCGGCAUUGACCAACCUCCGCCAGUCCCUCACCACCGCCAGCAUGGCCCCCGAGAACCUCCGUCGCCCUCCCCAGGCCCCUCCCCUCUUCACCGCUACCGCCCAGUCCAUCGUCGAGGAUGCGAAGCGCCUCAUCGAGACCUCCCGCAACGUGCAGGACCACGUCGUCGCCACCGUCACCCCCGAGUCGGCCACCUUCGACGCCGUCCUGAAACCCCUCGCCCACGAUGAGAACAACAUGGGCCUGGAAUCCCACAUCCUCAGCUUUUACCAGGCCGUCUCGACCCAGCAGGAGCUGCGCGACGCCUCGUCCAAGGCCGAGGAGCUGAUGGAUGAGUUCUUCAUCGAAGCCGCCAUGCGUGAGGACGUCUACAAGCUUGUCGAGGCCGCCCUGAACAAGAAGGAAUCGCUCGACCCGGAGUCCAGCCGUCUGCUGGAGAAGGAACACAAGAGCUUCAUUCGGAAUGGUCUGGGUCUGCCCGCCGGCCCCAAGCGGGACCGCUUCAAGGAGAUCAAGAAGCGUCUCAGUCAGAUCAGCAUCGAGUUCCAGAAGAACCUGAACGAGGAGAACGAGGGACUCUGGUUCACGCGUGAGGAGCUGGACGGCGUCCUGGAGGAUGUCCUGGCCGGCUUGAAGAAGGGCGAAGGCGAGAACGAGGGUAAGCUGUGGCUGACCUUCAAGUACCCCGACCUCUUCCCGACCAUGAAGUACGCCAAGAACCCCGAGACCCGCAAGCAGGUGAUGAUUCAGAACGAGAACAAGUGCAACCAGAACGCCCCCCUGUUCCGCGAGGCUAUCAUCCUGCGUGACGAGGCUGCCCGUCUGCUCGGAUACCCCAACCACGCGGCGUUCCGCAUCGAGGAUAAAAUGGCCAAGACGCCCGAGACGGUCAACACCUUCCUGGGUGACCUGCGCUCCCGGCUGACGGCUGGCGGACAGAAGGAGGUCCAGAGCCUGCUGGAGUUCAAGAAGAACGAUGUGGAGUCCCGCGGGGAGACGUUCGAUGGCCACUACUACCUGUGGGACCACCGGUUCUACGACCGCCUGAUGCUGGAGAAGGACUACUCCUUGGACCAGCAGCUCAUCGCCGAGUACUUCCCUCUCCAGACCACCAUCGAGGGCAUGCUGAAGAUCUUCGAGGAGCUCUUCGGCCUCGUCUUCGUGGAGAUCACCGGCGAGGACCGGAAUGUGCUGGCGACGUCCGGCAAGGGCAGCGACAUUGUCUGGCACGAGGACGUCCAGAUCUUCAGCGUCUGGAACGAUGAGGGCGAGGGCAGCGGAUUCGUCGGGUACCUGUACCUGGAUCUGUUCCCCCGGACCGGCAAGUACGGCCACGCGGCCAACUUCAACCUGCAGCCGGGCUUCAUUGAUGCCAACGGCAACCGCCGCUACCCUGCCACGGCCCUGGUGUGCAACUUCACCAAGCCGACGCCGAAGAAGCCCAGCCUGCUGAAGCACGACGAGGUGGUCACGCUCUUCCACGAGCUGGGCCACGGUAUCCACGACCUGGUCGCCAAGACGAUCUACUCCCGGUUCCACGGCACCAACACGGUGCGCGAUUUCGUCGAAGCCCCCAGCCAGAUGCUGGAGAACUGGUGCUGGACCCCGUCGCAGCUGAAAUCCCUCAGCCGGCACUACUCGACCCUGUCGCCGGACUACCUCACCGCGUGGAAGGAGAGCGCCGGCACCGCGGAAGCGCCCUCGGAGCACAUCCCCGACGCCGUGAUCGAGAACCUGAUCCGCACCAAGCACGUCAACGACGCCCUCUUCAACCUGCGCCAGCUGCACUUCGGUAUCUUCGAUAUGACCGUGCACCAGCCCGAGAGCCACGAGAAGAUCAAGGAGCUGCCCAUCUCGGCCACCUACAACAGCCUGCGCAAGCAGAUCACCCAGAUGGAGGGCCCGGAGAGCCUGGGCCUGGGCGACGAGUGGGGCCACGGCGAGGCCACCUUCGGCCAUCUGAUAGGCGGGUAUGAUGCCGGAUACUACGGCUACCUGAGCUCCCAAGUCUACUCCACCGACAUGUUCUACACCGUCUUCAAGGACGACCCCAUGAACCCCGCGGCCGGCCGUCGUUACCGCUACCAGGUGCUCGAGAAGGGCGGCAGCCAGGAUGAGAUGACCACGUUGACGGAGUUCUUGGGCCGUCCGCCCAAGACCGAUGCCUUCUACAAGGAUAUGGGACUGGCUUAGAUGGGUCGGGAAUGGCUUGAUGUGUGAUGAUGAAGUUACAUUAAAAUAGGAGUUUAUUG